GAAGAAGAAGAAGAAACAACUGCAGUUCUGGUCUGCUGCUACUCGUCACGUGAUUGCUGUUAGCUUGUGUCAUCGCAGAGCCCGUGUACGUUCUCUGAUUGAGCUCUGUGCAGUUAAAUUGGCUUAUUCUGCUGCUGCGGUUGUCUUGUUGGCAUUUAGUUUGUCAUGCAGUAUACUCCACCUGUUAACCUUUGACUGACAAAUGGAGCGGUACGGUUCGGACACGGAAGGGGACGAGCAAGAGACGCCGCUACUACACCGGGGACACGAAGACAGAGUGCAGAGAGCCCCGGCAUGCUGUUCAUCCCGCUAUGGCCUGGCGCUGCUCUCUUCCUAUGGAUUUUUUGUGGUCUACUCCUUGCGGGUGAACCUCAGUGUGGCCAUGGUGGACAUGCUUAACAGCAGCCACCAGUCCAGCAUCAACCACAGCAGCUCGGUGUGUCCAGCUGGUGAAAGCCCUGCACGGCCCAGUCACAACAACACAGCCAGAGUGUACAACUGGGACUCUGAGACCCAGGGCUGGAUCCUGGGUGCCUUUUUCUAUGGCUACAUCCUGACACAAAUCCCAGGGGGCUAUCUGGCCAGCCGCUUUGGACCCAAGUGGCUGUUGGGCUUAGGAAUCCUGGGAACUGUAGUGUUUACGCUGCUCACCCCUGUGGCUGCUGACCUGGGUGCCGGCUGGCUCAUUGCUCUCAGGGUGUUGGAGGGGAUAGGGGAGGGGGUCACAUUCCCUGCAAUGUACACCAUGUGGGCGGCGUGGGCCCCGCCUCUGGAGAGGAGCCGGCUGCUCACAAUUUCCUACAUUGGAGCCCAGCUGGGGACAGUGAUAGCUCUUCCUCUCUCUGGUGAAAUCUGCUUCUACCUGGACUGGACUUAUGUCUUCUAUGUAUUCGGUGCAGUUGGCUUGGUGUGGUUCGUCUUGUGGGCCUUCCUCGUCUUUGACAGUCCAAACACUCACCCACGGAUAUCAGAGCGGGAGAGAAACUACAUCACCUCCUCACUGAAGAACGAGCUAUCUACCUCUGCAGGUUACAUCCCCUGGCGUGCCAUUGUAACAUCCAGACCGCUGUGGGCCAUCGUUGUGGCACACUUCUCCUACAACUGGACCUUCUACACCCUCCUCACCCUGCUGCCAACAUACAUGAACGACAUACUGGGAUUCAGCAUACAGAAGAACGGUAUGCUGUCGGCUCUGCCUUACCUGGGCUGUGCUGUGAUUGCUGUGCUGAGUGGCCAAGUUGCCGAUUACCUCCGGGAAACCUGCAACUACCCCACAGUCACUGUCAGGAAGGCCUUCACCAUUGUUGGUAUGUUUGGGCCAGCGGUCUUCCUGGUGGCAGCAGGAUACACAGGCUGUAACUACACCUUGGCUGUGACCUUCCUCACUAUUUCCUCCUCUCUGGGUGGAGUGUCAGCCUCUGGAUUCAACAUCAACCACCUUGACAUUGCUCCCUCGUAUGCUGGCAUUCUGUUGGGAAUCACCAACACCUUUGCCACCAUUCCUGGCAUGGUGGGACCAGUUAUAGGGAGAGCCCUCACUGUACAGAACACCAUAGAAGAAUGGCAGAUUGUCUUCUACAUUGCUGCUACCAUCAACCUGCUUGGAGCAUUGUUCUACACUGUGCUUGGCCAAGGAACAGUGCAGCCCUGGGCUAUCCACGCAUCCUACUCCCAUGGAGACUGAGGCAGGACAUGAGUAGCAGACUCAUCUGAAUCAUCAGAAGGACAAGUCUCAGUGAGUCAGCGGGUAUUUUCAGCUGUGUUGUAGCUCUCAGAGCACAGCUAACAGUGAGUAAGAGCCAUAUUCUUUAGUCUGUAAGCAGAUUAACCUGCAGUCACAGCAGCUAUUUCUCAGAUGCUUUUGAGGCAAAAACCACACAGUGUU